AUGGACUCGAUGAAGCCUCAUAUCGCCCCGUUAAAGAUCGAAAAGGGAAAUUCCAACUUCCACCCUCGUCGCUACUAUUCCUCUGAAAACCACGAAGAAAUCACCCCGCCCUUAACACCCUACAGCACCACAGACGACAGUAUGGACCAGACCGAACCGCCUCGAGCCGUUUUUCACAACUAUCUGCGCGCAUUCUAUCCGUUUCAUCCCACGGGGGACGUCUCCCCCUCCACCGUCACCCUCCCCCUCGACCAGGGCGAUAUCAUCCUGGUCCAUUCCGUCCACACCAACGGCUGGGCCGAUGGCACCCUGUUAGAUACAGGCGCCCGCGGCUGGCUGCCCACCAACUACUGCGAAGCUUACGACCAACUCCCCAUGCGUCCGCUCCUGAAAGCCUUGACGGAUUUUUGGGAUAUCAUCCAGGGCGGAUGUGGGUUCCCGCUGCGGGAAUUCUGCAACCAGGAUAACGUCAAGGGGCUCAUUGCGGGCGUGCGCUUUCUGCUGGAAAAAUCGGAAUGUCUCACCCGCGACUCAUUCCUCGUGCGAAGGCAUGAUGGACUGCGUCGCAACCGCAAAGCAUUGCUGGCCGAUCUGUCCUCGCUCGUCCGGACCACCAAAAAGUGCCAGGAUUCGACCCCGGGCCAGACCAUGGAAGACGAAAUCGACAUGAUGGACGAGAUGCUGCUCAAGGCCUUCCGCAUCGUCACCCGCGGGGUGCGCUUCCUGGACAUCUGGAACGAAGAAGUCGGCCUGAGUCGCACCAUCGCCGAACUGGAGCAACAAUGCGACAUCCCCCCGACCCCCGCCUCAGACUCCUUUGACGUGACCUCGGAAGCCGACACGGAACGCAACGAGUCGAGGCUGCUGAAUCGCAGCCGAUUGGACAUGAGUCGCGCAUCCAACCGCACCGACCUGCACGACUCGCAGCCUCCCCCCCGUCCCGUCUCCGUCACCACCAAACGGAUCUCCCACCGCGUGUCUUACUCGGCCCCGGCUGCGGCGUCCCGAAACCCAAACCUCGCUUCCGAACGGCUCAACGCCACCUACGACGCCUUCCUCGGCGUGCUUGGCUCCUUUAUUGGUCUCCACCUCCAGUCGCGCCCCUCGACCGAGCUAGUGACAACCACUGAGCAAGCGGUGCGCUCGUGUCGCGGCCUGCUGGCCACCGUCGAGGCCGUGCGGGAUCAUGAUCCCGCCGGGAGUGCCUUGCUCGAGCAGGCGCGCGACGCCAUGUACGACCGCCUCUCCGAAUUGGUGUGCGCCGCGCGGGAUGCCUUCCGCCCGGCCACCUCCGCGGAGGACGAGCUCGUCUUUAUGCCCGAUGAGGGCAAGCGAUUGGUCGAUGCGGCGACCGACUGUGUGCGAGCUGCGGGCAACUGCCUGGCCAAAGCUCGUCGCGUGUUGGAGCAGAGUGGCGACUUUGAGCUGGAGGGGCUGCAACAGGAGAUUUCCCCGAUCUCUGACGUCAACCGCACCCCGGUACCGCAACCGACGACGGACUCGGCCGGGGAACGCGACCGAUCUCAAAGUAUUUCCUUGCGACUCCCUCCGCCGCCGCUCCAGAUUCCCAAGACACAACCUCAUAACUACUGUCCCUCCACCCCGGGACUCACAGACGACACCACUCCGUCGUCCUUCAACUCCCGCGUCGGAUUGGCGAGCCCCGCCGGCACCGCCAUCACCGAUAUCUCCCUCCCAUCGACCGCCGUUUUGUCCACCAGUCUGGACAAGCUCUCCUUCUCGUCCUCGACCCACGAUGCGAGUCCCGCCGAGGCUGCCCACCGUACGAGUCAUCCGAAGUCGGAGGCGGGCGAAUCGUUCGGUCGCGGCGUCAUCAGCACGGGGAGCAGCUAUACCUACGCCAGCCACCUGCGCGAUUCCGAGAUGAGCGGCGUGUCGCAGGCGUCCACCCGGGCCACGUCGCCCGACAUUGGCAAUCACUAUCAACUGCCGCUGUUGAAGGGCAGCGUGAGCCACUCGACCCUGGCGGAGGAGAACGAAGAGACUGAAGCGGAGAUCCUGGAAAAGACCUACGCCCAUGAGUUGAUCUUCAAGGACGGCCAGGUCAUGGGUGGGAGCCUCCGGGCACUGGUGGAGAAGCUGACCGCCCACCAGUCCACCCCGGAUGCCAUGUUCGUGUCGACGUUCUACCUUACCUUCCGGUUGUUUGCCACGCCGAUGGAGUUUGCGGAGGCUCUGGUCGACCGCUACAACUACAUCGGCGAUACCCCCCACACGGCGGGGCCGGUUCGCCUCCGCGUGUACAAUGUGUUCAAGGGCUGGCUGGAGUCGCACUGGCGUCAUGACUGCGACAACCAGGCUUUGGAUUAUAUUCUGAACUUUGCCAACACCACCCUCAUGCAGACUCUGCCUACGGCGGGCAAGCGCAUGCUGGAGCUGGCCGAGAAGGUGUCGAUGGUGCACGCCCCGGUGGCUCCUCGGCUGGUGUCUUCUAUGGGGAAGACCAACACGGCGACGGCGCAGUAUGUGCAUCCCGACACGCCGCUGCCCCCGCCGAUCCUGGGCAAGAAGGAGAUGAACCUUCUCAAGAACUGGAAGAACGGCGAGUCCAGCCUGUCUAUCCUGGACUUUGAUCCGAUGGAGCUGGCCCGGCAGCUCACCAUCAAGGAGUCCCGCAUUUUCUGCGCCAUUCUGCCCGAGGAGCUCCUGGCAACCGAAUGGAUGAAGAAAUCGGGCUCCCUGGCGGUCAACGUCCGCGCCAUGUCGACCCUGUCCACCGACCUGGCGCACCUGGUGGCCGACUCGAUCCUGCAGCUGGAGGAGCCGAAGAAGCGCGCGGCGACCAUCAAGCACUGGGUCAAAAUCGCCAACAAAUGCCUGGAGCUGAACAACUACGACUCGCUGAUGGCGAUCAUCUGCUCGCUGAACUCGUCGAUGAUCUCGCGUCUGAAGCGGACGUGGGAGGUGGUCUCGCAGAAGACCAAGACCACGCUGGAGUACCUCCGCGAGAUUGUCGACGUGUCGCGGAACUACGCGGUGCUGCGCCAGCGGCUGCAGAACCACGUGCCGCCCUGUCUGCCGUUCGUUGGCACCUAUCUGACCGACCUGACGUUUGUCGACCACGGCAACCAGCCUGUGCGCAGCUUGCCGACGGAGGACGGCGAGAUGGCGGUGAUCAACUUUGACAAGCACAUGAAGACGGCCAAGAUCAUCAGCGAGCUGCAGCGGUUCCAGAUCCCGUACCGGCUGACGGAGGUGCCGGAGCUGCAGACGUGGAUGCAGAACGAACUGGUGCGGGUGCGAUCGAACGGCGAAAUGAGCCUGCAGAAGUUCUACCGGCGGUCGCUGGUGCUGGAGCCGCGCGAGGCGCCACGACCAAGCCUGCAGACGGAGGCCAGUUCUUCGUCUUCUAUUCUUGAAAACGCCAAGGACAAGUUUGACUUUUUGUCCUGGACGCAUCCCUCCAAGGCCAAGUCGGUUGCGACGAACGGUUGA